AGGUUGAAAAGCAAACGUCCGCCAAAAUAUUUGCCCAAAAGAAUUGCCGAGCAUUAAAUAUUUUAUUUAAGAUUCCACACCGAUGGAACGUAAACCGGAAACACAAAUUCAAAAUGCUCCUACUGACAUAAUAUCGUCAGUGAAGUUUUCUCCGCAAACAAACCAAUUUUUGCUGGUGUCGAGUUGGGAUUCUAGCGUCCGAUUGUACGAUGUAGUUAACAAUACACUUCGACAAAAGUACUAUCACGAUGCACCAAUACUGGAUUGUGCAUUCCAUGAUUCGGUUCGAACGGUCAGUGGCGGCUUGGAUAACUUGGUUAAGCUAUAUGACCUUAAUACACACGCCGAGAGUAUUCUAGGUACCCACGAUGCUCCGGUUAAAUGCGUGGAAUAUUCAUCCAAAGUGAAUGGGAUUUUAACCGGAAGCUGGGACAAAACCAUCAAGAUGUGGGACGUUCGAGAUAAGGAUUGUGUUGGAAGGUACGAGCAAAGUAAUGGAAAGGUUUACUCUAUGAGCUGCAUUGAUGAGAAAUUAGUCGUUGCUACCUCUGAGCGAAAGGUGCUUGUAUGGGAUCUACGUAAUAUGGGACAGUAUCUGACAAGAAGAGAAUCUUCACUAAAAUUCCAAACAAGAGCGAUUCGCUGCUUUCCGAAUAAGGAAGGCUAUGUAAUGAGUUCUAUCGAAGGCAGGGUUGCAGUUGAAUAUUUUGAUAUGGAUCCAGAGGUUCAGAAAAAAAAGUUUGCAUUCAAAUGCCAUCGUUCGAAAGAAAAUAAUACUGAACUUAUCUAUCCAGUGAAUGCGCUUAGUUUUCAUAAUGUAUUUAACACAUUCGCUACUGGUGGUUCAGAUGGCUACGUGAACAUUUGGGAUGGCUUUAACAAAAAACGAUUGUGCCAGUUCCAUUUGUACGACAGUUCUAUAUCAUCUCUGGCAUUCAGUUACGAUGGAAGCACUUUAGCAAUUGCUUGCUCAUAUUUGGAAGAAUCAGAAUUUCCGCCAGAUCCGUUGCCGGAGCCAACAUUAUAUGUUCGAUAUGUUAGUGAAGCGGAAACUAAACCUAAGUAGGAAUUUGAAAAACAAUUUUUAAACUGUUAGGUUAAGAUUCCUCAAUUUGGCCAAGCUGCUGGUAAUAAA